AUGACAAGUCCCGCUGAUCUACCCUGGCUUCCAAGAUGGAAGAGACCACUUACAAGCAAUCUUGAUAUUAUUACACUUACUGAACAGGAGAAGAAGGAGAUCGCACCUUUGGAGGGCCAGAUGGCCAAGUAUAUGAUAUGGAGAAAGUGGAUGUUGUACUACUCCAUGAUCCCAGCCCUGGCCGUUAUUAUCCUCCAGGCUGUCGUCUCAUUCCAGACUGGCAAAUGGACCAGACCACCCGGAGCAGCACUCAAGAAUGGUCUCAACAAGCUUACGACCACCGGCGCCGCAUCAAUCGUUGAACUGGACACUGACUACAUUGGCGGCAAUGGUGCUGCUCGUGUCACACUCGACUACCAAGUGGACACCAUGUCAUCGUGGGAGAAGCUCGAGGGCAACUACUACGGCAUGUCCUUGGCCAACACUACCAACAACACCAACACCAACACCAGCGACUCCUUCUGUGACCACUGUGAUGACUGCAACAACUGUCCAGACUGUGACUGGUGCAACUGUGAUGCCUGUGGUGACUGCUACGAUUGUCCUGACUGUGAAGGCUGCGAGGAGAUAUGUGACGAGUGCACGGACUGCUAUGACUGCCCCAACUGUGACAAGUGUCUGAUCUGCCAGGACUGUGUCGACGCUGAUGAGAAUAACAGUACCACCUCCCUCAACGGCACCGUAUGUCCAGAGCAAUGCACGCAAGAGACCUACACCAAUGACGAGAUCUUCUCGCAGAACUUUGCCGUGAACCAGAUUGCCAAGUUUGACAAGAAGCAGUUGACCAAGAAGUUCUUGCUCGCCACCAACAUCACCUACAUUUGUAUCCUUGGCCUGUCGUUCAUCUUCUACGUCCUGGCUCUGAUCUACUGGAAGUCCUUUGGCAAGUCGUCGCAGAUGCUGUUGAUCGCAUGGGGUGUUGCCUUCCUCGUGCCAUUCGUCAUCCAUUUGUUGCCAAUCUCUUCGAUCAUCUUCCGUGACAUGCCAGUGCUCAAGGACGGCCCCAACAAGGCGGACUUCAAGUACAUUGGUGGUGUGAUGUCCGCUCGUGUCAUGUUCGCCAUUGAGUCCCACAUGAAGCUGACACCCGCCUCGCUCGCCAUCAUCCCUGCGCUGAUCAAGUCCACCGCCUGUAUGAAGAUGUUGCUGCCACAGUCGCCCAUCCUCGGUUUCCUCAUCAAGGGAAUGCGUAUCAUGCGUAUCCCCAUCUUCUUGGCCGGUGCCAUCUUUGUCUACCAACUGGCCUGUGACUACUUCUUCUGUGCCUGUGUCAUCUGUCUGGCGCUCUCGCAGCUGAUCUACGUGCUGCCCAUCCCCGGCCGUGGCAUCACCAAGCCAUUCGCCUCGGGCAAUGAGAUUGCCAUCAGAAUGCGUCUGGUCACACGUAUCGCCCUGCUGUUCACCCUGCUCGCGCUCGUCUUUUUGAUCCUGUUCUUCCUGAACCUGGCCAAGCCACUGGUGGGAUUUGGCCGUCUGGACCGUAUCAAGUGGGACAACGUCGCCAACUUCAUCCCAAUCCCCAACCCCGUGUCGAUCGCCCUGAUCUUCUCCAACUUCUUCCUGAAGUACUUCAUCGCCACACUCACCUUCUGUGACCUGAUGAUGUGGAUCGUGCGCAAGAUCUACGUGUACACUCGCGACUACCCCGAGCUGAUCGCCUCCUACAACCAAGAGAUGGAGAAGACCCUCUGGAAGGUGCUCACCAAGAAGGAGAAGAGGAAUCAACAGCAUGAGAUUGAGCUCAAUGCUCGUUAA